AUGGCCCCGAAAUCCGCGACCUCAGACCUAUCGUCCAGCGAUUUCCUCGAUUCCGUGCCCGCUCGUUUGCUCAAUGAGUUCCGUGAUCACGUACAUUUCGGUGCUUCCGUCAGCGCCAAUACUAAUGUCCGGCCAACCAACCAGGUUUUUCACCCGCGUGGAUCCAAGCGCACUGACACCUUUCUGAACACCGACUGGGUCAACAUGGGCCAUUUGCAGCAGUGGCUCGACGAUCAUGCACAUGGAAAACGCGUUAAACAGGAGGAAAACGCCGCCAGCACCGCGUUUGACGCGUCGAAAUCUCUCGACAACACCCCUAAGUCGAAGCCAGAGCCGUUUGACAUCGAACUGACGCGCCCAGACACCGCUGGCGACAUCAAAAUACGCGACAUCCAACGUGACAGAAAUCCUCGACUCAGAUGA